AUGGCCUUCAGACGAGACAGAUACCUCACUAACGAACAAAUAGAAGAAAUAAUAGACAGUGACGCAUUCUAUAAUGCGGUGUCAGAUGAUCAGGACCAUAUUGGUAUCACUGUAUGUCCUCCUGAAGCAGACUGUAUGACCGACGAAGAAGAAGGUCCAGACGAUGUUACUGGAACCGUGAAAGUCUCAGAUGUGCCAUGGGCUAUUGAAUUACAUUAUGUUGCAUCAGAAAAUAACGAAGAAACUGUAUGUAAAACUUCACUGCCAAGUACAUCCCAUGUUUCCAGAAGUAAAUUGAAGAAGAGACGUAUUACUGAUGAGAAAAGGAAUUGGAAAAAGACACCUCCAGUUUAUACAAAGCUGUCUCAAACUAGUGAGCAUGGCAUCAGCACAAAGAGAGAGGAGUGGAAGGAACAACUUUCUUCCUUGACUCCGAAAGAGAUGUUUGAAGAACUGAUGAACGAAAACAUAUACGAGUUCAUAGUGAAAGAAACUGUGAGAUAUGCAGUAAAUAUGAAGAAUAUGCAGGAUUUUAUCCUCACAGUUGAAGAAGUGAAGGUCUUUGUCGGAUUUCUGCUUUUUGAUGGCUACCAUAAGCUCCCUGCUGAGAAGCUAUACUGGUCUGAAGAUGAAGAUGUUGGCAUACUAAUUAUAAAGACACCUAUGUCAAGGAAUAAUUAUCAGAAGUUGAAAACAUUGCUUCAUUUUCAAGAUAAUGACUUAGCCAAUGAAAUAAACACAAUCGUGGAUUCAAAAUUAGGCCUCUCUUGA